AUGACUCCAAUGCAAUCUUGGAUUUUCUGUGCAUUAUUCUGUAUCACUUACCCUACAGGUCUUAUUAAAUCAGAGACCCAGGCUGGGAAGAGGUGGAAUGAACAUUGCAGAGGCAGAUCAGUCCUACAAGAGGUUACUCAGCCCCAGAGAUUGAUCCACAGCAUCCAUUCAGAAAACGAAAUCACACACGACUUGCUUAACACCAGAGUCAAAAACAACACGAACCGUGCUCAUUUUAUUCAUCUUGCACAAGCUAGCUUUCUGAUAGAAGCUUUCGACUCAUCCUUCAUUUUGGACUUAGACUUAAACCACAAUUUGCUCUCGUCACAGUACAUUGAAAGGCAUUUCAGUGAGGAAGGAAAGCCUACAGAAACUCAGGGUGGAGAGCAUUGCUAUUACCAUGGGAAAAUCAGAGGGAACACCAACUCUUUCGUGGCUAUCUCAACAUGCCAUGGACUGAACGGUGUGUUUUAUGAUGGGAACUACACGUACAUCAUUGAACCAAGGAGCAGUGAAGAUGAUGAGCAUGAGCAGCAGCCACACACGGUGUACAGAUCCCCUGGUCUCGACAUCCCUCCAGAAUGUACCUCUUUUGCUCAUUUUACUGACAAUGCCACACAGAGGAACUCUUCUAUAGUCGUCUUAAGGCCCCGGAUCAAACGACAGGUUCGUCGAGGCAAACACACCGUUCUGAGAGAAACCAAGUACAUCGAGCUGAUGGUCGUGAAUGAUCACGCUCUGUUUAAAAAGCAGCGUAGCUCCGUGAUCCUCACUAAUAACUUCGCCAAAUCUGUGGUGAAUCUCGCCGAUGCGAUUUACAAGGAGCAGCUGAACACGAGGAUUGUGCUGGUCGCUAUGGAAACGUGGGCAUCCAGAAACAAAAUUGAUAUUGACGAGGACCCGCUGGUAACGCUGAAGGAAUUCAUGAAAUACAGACGCAACUCGAUCAGAGACCACAGUGACGCCAUUCACCUUCUGUCGGGCAACACGUUUAAGAGCAGCCACAGCGCAACGGCAUUCAUUGGUGGGAUCUGCACUCUGUCUAAGGGAGGAGGUGUCAAUGAGUACGGGAAUGUUGGAGCGAUGGCUGUCACACUAGGGCAGAGCCUGGGACAGAACCUGGGGAUGAUGUGGAAUAAACCAAACGUCGGACCGGGUGAGUGUCGGUGUCCUGAUGUCUGGCUUGGGUGUAUAAUGGAAGACACUGGGUAUUAUCUACCCCAGAAAUUUUCCAGAUGUAGCCUGAGCGAAUAUGCCCACUUCCUGCAAGCUGGGGGUGGCAUUUGUCUAUUCAAUAAGCCCUCCAAGCUUUUUGACCCUCCGGAGUGUGGGAACGGAUUUGUGGAAACGGGAGAGGAGUGCGACUGUGGCAACAUCGCUGAGUGCAUCCAGCCAGGGAACGACUGCUGCAAAAAAUGCACCCUGACCCACAGCGCAAUGUGUAGCGCUGGGCUGUGCUGUAGAGGCUGUCAGUACGAGCCUCGAGGGACAGUUUGCAGACACUCAGUGAAUGAAUGUGACAUCGCAGAGACCUGCACUGGGGACUCUAGCCAGUGCCCUUGGAACGUUCACAAGCUGAAUGGAUAUGCGUGCGACAACGAACAGGGUCGCUGUUACAAUGGAGGAUGCAAAACCAGAGAUAGACAGUGCAGUUAUACCUGGGGACACAGCUCUGCGGAUCGAUUCUGUUACGAGAAGCUGAAUGUUGAAGGGACUGAAAAAGGAAACUGCGGGAAAGACGGACAGAGUUGGCUUCAGUGCCCCAAGCAGGACGUUCUCUGCGGUUACCUUUUGUGUUCCAAUAUCACUCAGUCACCAAAGCACGGGGAGCUGAGUGGAGAAGUCACCAGCAUGGUUUUAUAUCAUCAAAACAAGUACAUGGACUGCAGGGGAGGCCAUGUGCUGCUGGAUGAUGGCACUGACCUGGGUUAUGUGGAGGACGGCACUCUGUGUGGACCUAACAUGAUGUGCCUUGACCACAAAUGUCUCCCAAUGCAAGCCUUCAACCUGAGCUCCUGCCCUCACAGUGCAAGUGGCGAUAUCUGCUUUGACCAUGGAGUCUGCAGUAAUGAGGUGAAAUGCAUAUGUUUCCGUGAUUGGACUGGGAAGGACUGCAGCGUAUUUGACCCAAUCCCGGACCCAACUCUGAUGUGGAACAUGGAGCCACAGUACAAGGGAACAUCCGACGAGGAAGAUCUGGAGGAUCUUAAAAUAUUCUUCACCCGUAGAAUGCACACAGCUCCCUUCAAUAACACUGAUGUCUUCCGGGUGCUCAAGGAGCCAGGAUUUUUUUGCUAUCUUGCUAUCUCAGUGGAACACACCUCGGUAAUUUCUGGAAGAGCCCAGUGAUUGCCGGGAAAUAAAGGAGAGUCGAAUUGGUGGUUCCAAAAAACACAAAGCUUUCACGAAGAAAAACACCGCAACUUGUAGUGAUGCCCUUUAUAGCUGCUAUUUGUGUAUUUACUCCUUUGUCUGUAACAGCUGUAGUGAGUUAUACCACGCGGCAGAAUUAGCACACAAGCAGGGUUUUGGGGGGAUGGGGGAAAAGGUCUUUUGAUCCGACUGUGAACACUUAUGCUGCAAAUAUAUUUAUAUAUAGAUA